AUGGUCAAUGUAAGGACUGUCGUAUCUUUAGCUGCAAUGCAUGGUUGGAAGCUACAUCAAAUGUAUGUAUUCAAUGCAUUUCUCCAAGGUAAUCUUGUGGAGGAUGUUCACUUGGUUCCUCCUCCCGGACUUCUAGGAGAAGGGGAGUACUUAGGAUUGGCUAGUUCUAAGCCUGCUGGCACACCCAUGGAGGUCAAUCAAAGGUUUACCAGUGCAAAAUUUUAUCACAGUUAUAAGGCUAAGGACAAUGCUAAUGAGUUGUUGUUUGAUCCCACUUGCUAUCAGAAAUUGGUAGGGAAGCUACUCCACCUAACAAUGACUCUGCCAGAUAUAAGCUACACAAUACAGAACCUGAGUAAAUUUAUGUAUAGACCAAAGAGAUCACACAUGGAAGGUGCUCGAAGGGUGGUGAAGUACUUGAAAGAUGCACCUGGUUUGGGCAUCUUGUUAUCUUCUAAGCCUUCCUCACAGCUCACGGUUUAUUGUGAUGCAGAUUGGGCCACUUGUCCCAUGACAAAAAGGCCAGUUUGUGGAUUUAUAGUAAAGCUGGGAGAUUCCUUAAGCUCUUGA